GGCUUUCCGCUGCGGGCUGGGGAGGGAGGACACGUCUCUCCGCCCCUGUCCUUGUGCGGGGCUUUGCGGGGAGAGACGAGGAUGCUGCGGCUGGCAGCUUCCAGCCUUGAAGCCAGCAGUGCCUAGAGAUGCUCCUGGGAGAGAUCUCCAAAGACCUCCUGACCCGGCCUCUGACACGGAAUGAGGUGCUGGGUCUGCUCUUCCACCUGACAAUUUUUGGGGUGGCUACGUACUACAGCAUCAAGUGGGUGUCAGAUGCCUUGGACCCCACUCGAAAACAGAGGAUACACUUGAAGAAAAAGGCUGAGCGGCUGAUGAAGCAGAUUGGAGUGAACAGGGUCAAGCUGACAGAACAUGAGACGAGCAUCGCAGUCGUGGACCUCAGAGACAUCAAGAUUACCUGGAAGGACAUUGCCGGACUCGACGACGUGGUCACUGAGCUCCAGAACACAGUGAUCUUGCCUUUCCAGAAGAGGCACCUCUUCCACCGCUCCAGGCUCUUCCAGCCCCCCAGAGAUGCCUUCCUGCGGAGCUGCUCUAGUAUUGACCAUGAAGCCACGGCCAUGAUCAAGGCCCAGUUCAUGAACCUCUGGGAUGGGCUGGAGACCAGCUCCGACUGCCAGGUGAUGGUGCUUGGAGCCAGCAACAGACCGCAGGAUGUGGACCCUGCCAUCCUGCGGAGGAUGCCUGCCACCUUCCAGAUCAGCCUGCCUACACAGCAGCAGCACCAUGACAUCCUGAUGCUCCUCCUGGCUGGAGAAAACCUGAGCACGGCGGUGAACCUGCAGGAGCUGGCAGACAAGACGGGCGGCUACUCGGGCAAUGACCUGCGGGAGCUGUGCAGGGACGCCGCCACUUACCGUGUGCGUGACUACUGCUGCAAGCAGCAGAUGCGGCACAUUGCCCGCCUGCUACAGGACAGCUGGGGUCCUGCUCACAGCAGGGAUGCAGAGGAGGAAGAAGAGCAGAGUCUGCGGCCACUCACCCAGCUGGAUCUGCUCUUUGCUCUAGACAAGAUGAAGGAAGUCCAAGGAAGCAACAGCUCCGAGGUCAAAGCUGAGGAAGCCAGUCUGUGUCCUACACUCAUCAAGGCUUGCAAGGGGAGCUAGGAGCCUGGAAAGAUGGCAGCAUCCUGGCUCUUCUGGGCAGGACAUGGUACCCUGAGCAAGAAGAGAACAGCAGGACCCAGGAGGAGGAGGAGGAGGAAAGGCUCAGCAGCAAUGCAAAUCCAAGCUGCAAGGCAGCACCAGAAGAGCUGCUUUCUUGGGCCUGCCAGGUCACAGCCAGCACGU